AUGGUUCGUCAGGUGGAUGACGCCAUAAGGGCGCGUUGCAUCGACGACGGGGAUAUGCAAGUUGCACUUGCCCAAUCCAAUCUGGCAGGACGUGCCAAGACUUGGGCUUUGGGGCUCAAGUUGCACGAUCCACACGCGUUUGGGUCGUUAGAAGUCUUCAAGUCGCGGCUCAGACAAACGUUUGAACCGCCUAGAGCUGAGUUCAGAGCUCGAACCGAACUCUUGAAGCUCAAGCAGAGUAAGCGUGAUGUGCACGCUUACGCGCAACAUAUACGACAUCUCACGAGUUGUAUAAGUUCCAACCCGGUAGAUGAACACACGUUGGUUUCGGUGUUCAUGCAGGGUCUUGCGGACGGUCCCGUCAAGACUCACCUGUUCCGACUUGAACUAGAUUCACUUGAACAAGCCAUUUUCAUUGCGGAACAGGAAGACUUCAGUCUGAGACAGGCUCGCGCCAGCUCGACAUCAUAUCGUAAGUAG